GUAAUGUGGUGGACCAACAACAGUGCCCUCCCAGGAUUCAUUCUGGUAGGUUUUUCAGACCGGCCUCAGUUAGAGCUGGUUCUCUUUGGGGUGAUCUUGUUUCUUUACCUCAUGACCCUUCUUGGCAACACUACUAUUAUCCUAGUAUCCCGCUUGGACUCUAAACUCCACACUCCCAUGUACUUUUUCCUCUCUCAUCUCUCCUUCCUGGACCUCUGUGUCACCAGUAGUAUCAUCCCUCAGCUUCUAGUCAACCUGGGUGGUUCAGAUAAGUCCAUCACCUAUGGUGGCUGUGUGGUUCAGCUCUACGUCUCCCUUGCUCUGGGAUCCACUGAGUGUGUCCUCCUGGCUGUGAUGUCCUAUGAUCGCUAUGUGGCUGUCUGCCGUCCUCUACAUUAUGCCUUUGUCAUGCAUCCUCGGCUCUGUCACACCCUGGCAUCUACGGCAUGGCUCAGUGGCAUGGCUACCACCCUGGUACAGUCCACUCUCACUCUGCAGCUGCCCUUCUGUGGGCAUCGCCAAGUGGAUCAUUUCUUCUGUGAGGUCCCUGUGCUCAUAAAGUUGGCUUGCGUGGACACCACAUUCAACCAGGCAGAGCUCUUUGUGGCUAGUGUCCUAUUCCUGGUGCUGCCUCUGUCACUCAUCCUGAUUUCUUAUGGGUACAUUGCCCAAGCCAUUCUGAGGAUCGAGUCAGUCUUUGGACGACGUAAAGCAUUUGGGACCUGCUCCUCCCACCUGACGGUCGUCAUCGUCUUCUAUGGAACCAUCAUCUUCAUGUACCUGCAGCCAGCCAAGAGUAGAUCCAAGGACCAGGGGAAGUUUGUUUCUCUCUUCUAUACUGUGGUUACCCCCAUGUUUAACCCUCUUAUUUAUACCCUGAGAAACAAGGAAGUGAAGGCAGCACUGAAAAAAAUCCUGGGGAAAACUUCAUGA